CUCCAUGCCACAAGCAGUAGGAUACCUUCACUACCUCUGAAAGACUUUAAUACAGCUGAUCACCGAUCAACUGUUAAACAACUGACAUGAAACUCAUCUUUAUCCCUUUCAAAGAAGGCACGUUUUGUAUAAACACUUGUAUGGGACUCAACAAAGGGAGCUAUGUUUUAGGAAAAGUCCAAGAUUGAGUCGGAUAACGCUUUGAAGCCUCCUUCCAUACCCACUGAGACGUCAGUUCUUCUGAAUGUGGAAGAGGUGUCAGAGCUCUGGGCGUUGUGUUGGUGCUCUCCGGUGUCUGAGCACCCUGGCUGGGACGGCCCUUCGGCCCUGGACACCGAGCACCAGUGGUUGCCGGGCGGUACGGGGGGUGGGCAGAGCGCCAUGGUAACGCACAGCAGGUUUGACAGCGUCAUGAGCAGCAGCCCCUUUGAAGGCGGCGUGCGCCUGCCCCCUCACCGGUACAAGACCUUCAGUUCAGAGGCGCAGUAUCAGAUGGUGCUCGCGGCUGUGCGAAAACUUCAAGAGAGUGGCUUCUACUGGAGCACGGUGAGCGGGAAGGAGGCCAGCUCGCUUUUGAGCGCGGAGCCCCCGGGUACCUUCUUGGUGCGUGACAGCUCAGACCACCACCACUUUUUCACCCUGAGCGUUAAAACGACCACGGGCACCAAAAACCUGCGCAUCCAGUGCGAUUCCUGCUCGUUCUAUCUGCAGACCGACCCGCGGAGCGAGCAGGCGGUGCCUCGUUUUGAUUGCGUCCUCAAACUUAUCCAUCACUACAUGCCACCUGCGAAAGGGACCUCAUCUAUGGUCCAGGCUGCAGGUAGCGGUGAUGGGGACAGCGGAAGGUCAGCAGACGGGAGCGCGUACUUCAUUUACUCUGGUGGAGAGAAGAUCCCGCUGCAGCUAUUGCGUCCACUGGCCUCUAGCAUGUCUAGUCUGCAGCACCUGUGUCGAAAGACUCUAAAUGGCCAUAUAGAUGUGUCCACCAAACGCGAUCAACUGCCUCAAACACUCCAAGAGUUCCUCCAGGAGUAUGAUGCCCCUAUCUAGCUAUUCUUUCAAGCUCCAGAUGCGUUUCAGAUGGAAAGAGCCGCAUGGGCAGAAGAUGUGCGUGCCAAUAAAUGCUCACAGAUCCGCAGAAUGGCGUGAGUGGAGAUAUUUCGCUCCACACCUCUGUGUCUGUCAGUAUUGCGGGCCAGCUGUGCCUUUGACCUCUGGAUUGUGAACUUUGGCAGGUGGCUGCCAUUUGAAGGACAGCAUGAGAUGCGUGUACUCCCGGUCAAGUGGACGGCUGCCAGGAUCUGACAUCUCGGCCGCUGUUGACACGAAGCGAUUUUUUUCUGGUGGCUGGUUGCAAAGACAAACUGCUGAAGAUAAACACGAGUGAUAGUUGAUCAGUACAGGAGUUAAGUGUGCUGCUGUGGCAACGGUCCAGCUCCUGUCCGAUCGAUCGGGAGACGCUCUCACAAUCUGUUUUAUCCAGCUCGACAUUUUUGACUUUCUCCUGGAAGGAAAGCUCUAGCUAGCCCUCCGUGUUUGAGCGAGAGCCGGUUGUUUGCGAUGACGCACACAUUUCCACUGCUUCUUGCCAAGUGUAAUUGCCUCAUAAGUGGGCGUGGGGGCGCAAACGGGGUGGCUACUUACCGCUCGGAGCCGACACUGCUUCGUCUGCUCUGUGGACUGUGCAGCGUCAAGAGGAGGACUAGAGAACAGAUAAACCAGACGUGAGGCCUUUAACUCGGACGCUUUCGGCCUCUGACCCCUCUUAGCCCUCUCUGGAGAAGACGGCCCCUGAGGACAGCUCAGUGGACUGUUGUUACUUUGUUUUUGACAGGAGCCAAAGCAAGCAUUAGUUUCAUAUUUGUGCUAGGAAAAGGCAGGCAACAAGUGAAGAUUGUUCAUGGUUAAAUUACAAUGUAAAAUGUAUACACGAAUUGACUUUCACAUACUGUGAAACAAAUACAAGCACAGUAUGACAAAUCUUUAACUGAUUUACGGUGGCGUUUGGCAUGAAGAACUAUGCGUCUCUGGUCACGCAGAGAGGCAUUCGUGCUUUAUGUGCGCAUGAAAAAUCAGUUACGCUUCAGCACCCUCGUUCAAUAACAACGACACAGUGUUUGUUUCGCUAGCAGGACUAAAAUCUGCUAUUCACUGAAUGUAUUAUGAGUCUAUGGAAGGGCUUAUGGUUCAACGUUUUUCAUAUUUUGUCAGAUCAAGGUGUUAACAUGUGUGGCCACCAACAGGGACAGCAUGUGUUUUACUCUGUCUUUUAUAAAGAUGUCUCAUCUUAAGAUCUGGUCUGAUGACCGCAGUGCAAGCUUGAAGAUCAGAAAACAAAGGCAUUAAAAUAGUAAAUGCGGCAAGAAACUUUGCACAUAUUUAUAUUUAUAAACUAUUUCCAUAAUUUAUAUUAAAGAGCACUAUUUUUACAAAAUGCA